AUGCACACCCUGUGGGUUUUCAAAGCCAGGGUUGGUUGAAGAAGACUGCUACUAACCACUGUACUACUUGAAGAAUGCUGUUAACAAACAUUGCUAGUUGUAUUCUUUCUUUGUGUGUAUAGUCUUCAGGAUGGAGUGGCAACAGACUUCACUUCUCUCACUAAGACCCUGUAUGAUUUACACAAAACCCAUGAGCCAGAAGACUCAAAGGGAAGCCCUCUGGACCAGCUGGUGGUUGAGAACUUUGAUGAGGAACAGAUAUGGCAGGAGCUGGAGCUCCAGAAUACUGCAGUGCUGAAGCACUUUGAGACAGCAGUGAGUCAGGCUGCCUUGGAUACAGCUCUGAGUAUCCUGUUUAAUGAAGAGGAUGCUGACGAGGAGCCAGAUGAAGGGGAUGAACAAGAUGGUGACGACAUAGAAGAGGAGAUGAGAGAUGGGGAUUUGGAAGAUGGGGAAGGAGAAGAACCACCCAUGCUUAAAACUGCUAUGGAUGCCUUGAGAGGGGAUAACACAGACGAGGACUCUGAUGUAGAUUUUGAUGUGGACGCAUUAGAAAAACAAGCUAAACAGAAGAAAUGCUCAGCGGGGAGAGAGUCAAAACCACUGGGUCCUCCAUCAGAGGUUGAUGACAGGUUCUUCAAGCUCUCAGAGAUGGAGUCCUUUUUGGACGAUAUGGACAAAAGGGAGGGGAAGGAGGGGGAUGAUGAUGUAGACUAUUUCCAGGACUUGCCCUCUGGAGAUGAAGAUGAAGACAUAGACCUCUUCGGUGAAAAUGUUUCUUCCAAAGAAAACAAAAAGACAAGCACAGUAUGUAUCAUAUUGCUUUUCUCUCUGCCAGACCUAGCUACUGUUCAGCUACAUGUGUUUGGUGUGUUUCUGGUCAUUACUGUAGACCAACACACUGAUUAAAUUCCUAUUAAUGUACUAUGUUUUUUCUGUAGCUGAAAAGUUCCAGGAAUCUGAAGUACAAAGACUUCUUUGAUGCUGUGGAUGAUGAUCCUGCACAAACAGCUGACCAAUCAGACGCAGAGGAUGAGGACAACAGUAUGGAUGGGAUGCAAGAUGAAGAUGAUGAUGAAGAAAAUGAGUAAGUGGCUGAUGCAGGAAUCUCAUAUUAAUGUCAUGGUUGGAAUUGCAUCAAUAGGGAAUAUAGGGGAGGGAUAUUCAUUUUGUACUUAAGAUACGUGUUGUGUUUGUUCCUUUGCUGUUUUAGGGACUUCGUUGAGGAUGAAGAGUGCAGACAAGCCAAGGAGGCUUUGAAACGGGUGACCUUUAACCUACCUGGAGAAAGUGACGACAGUGAGGGAGAAGAGAUGGCGGACAUCUUUGGAGGAAAGUCUCAAAAUGCUACAAAACCUGAAUCCAAAUCAUCCUUUGAGAAACGACAAGACAAGGCAAGCUUUUCCUCAAGGGUUGUUUCAGAAUAUCUAAAUUGGGUUGGGUGUAAUUUCAUUUACUCUCAUUUCAUCUGCCGUAUAUAGAACUUUAUGUAGCACACUAAUGAAAUGGUAAAUUCUUACCUUACACAGAUGGCUGAAAAGAUCCAGGAUUUGGAAAAGGCUGCCAUGGGAGAGAAGCCAUGGCAACUGACAGGAGAGGUGUCUGCUCAGACUCGUCCAGAGAACAGCCUUCUGGAGGUGGAUGUGGCAUUUGACUCGGCCUCCAGGAUGGGUACGUACCACAUACUUGUCAGUCUGUUCAGUUUAGCUGUCAUUCCUGUUGGAGAUGGUUUAGUAUUUUACUUACUGCAAGUUUGUGUCGGCUGUGUGUGUGAGAGAGAGAGGGGGUUUGUUCAGUCAGGUAACAAUUACUCUGUUUUCUCUCAGCCCCUGCUGUAACAGAGGAAACCACUUUGCAGCUGGAGGACAUCAUCAAGCAGAGAAUUAAAGACCAGGUCAGUGUAUAGACGGGUCAGUUGUUUAGCAACAAAACCAACGCAUGCUCAACUAUGGGGCAAAACAGACCGGGUUGGCUUAGAUUGCUGACAACAUUUAAACUAUGUCUCCAAUGUUUAUUGAAAACAUACAUUUGCACAAUGAGAACUUGUCUUUCAAGUACAUCGUCAUAGUUGUUGGUUAGCUAGCUAGUGAAUCUGAGCCAUUUUAAUCAGUCAAAACACCUAAAAACAAGACAUAGUAUCAAGAACAAGAUAAAACUAGCUGAGAAGAGCCACCUAAGAUUCCCCACAUGGCAGCUUCUUGUCAAUGCUACAGUAUCUGGCCCUUCAUAAUCUCAACAACACACGAACGUCUGCACCAUUGAAUCGCAUGGAUCGUUUUCGUGACAGUUGUCAGCUAACGUGUCUUUAGAGACUGUUAACUCCAUCUUGACAACAAACUGAACAACUAUUCUCAGUUGGAUCCAGCUGAAUGUGUCAUCAUCGUUUCAUUCUGAGUAAAUGGGUAACCGCAUUGGCACAUUUCAAAGGCAAUUUUUCUUUUCGGACAUCUAUUUUUUUCUAAGGUGUGGGAUGAUGUGGUGCGCAAGGAGAAGCCUAAGGAAGAGGUGUUUGAGUACAAGAAGAGGCUGACUCUGGACCAUGAGAAGAGCAAGCUGAGCCUUGCAGAGGUUUAUGAGCAAGAGUACCUCAAGCAGAAUCAGGUAGUUAUUUCAUUAUAUUUUAGUGUGAACAUACUUGGCUUAGCUCUAUAUUGCAAUGAAUGCAUUUUUUGUUUGUUGAAUUUAUUAUUUUGAUUAUUUCGAUCUAUUUCCCUUGUAUUUCAGCAAAAGACAGAGGAAGAAGAAAACCCAGCCCAUGUAGAAAUUCAAAAGCUCAUGGAUUCUCUAUUCCUUAAACUUGACGCUCUCUCUAACUUCCACUUCACACCCAAACCGGUGAGUUUUCCUGUCAAUGUUUCCUUGUGCCCUGGACACUGCAAAGCUGCAGCUGGCUCAAAACAAAGCAGCACGCCUUGCCCUUGCCCUUAACUGCAGACACAGAACUAACAUCAACAACAUGCAUGAUAGUCUUUCAUGGUUGGGGAGAAAUUGACUACUUCACUUCUAGUCUUUUUAAGAAACAGUUGUGUGUUGAAAAUGCCUAACCACUUGUAUAAUCUAUUUGCAUACACUUCAAACAGACAUACCCCACCAGACACACCACUAUAGGUUUUUUCACGGUACCCAAACCAAAAAACAGAUUUAAUGCGUCGCUCAGUUAUGUAUAGAACCAUGUCAUCGUGGAAUGUCUGCCACCAGAGGUUACACAGGCAAAAAGCAAGUUUAGCUUUAAAAAAACAUAUUGUGUCACAGCGCCUCUCCUCUUUCUAAAGAUCCAAUUUAACUACUGUAUAUAUGAAUAGUGUGUAAGUAGUAUUUUUGUCGUCUCUCUUUCCUAUAUAUAACUCUUAUUUUAUUUUUAAUGUAAUAUCUUAUGAUUUUCUUGUCUAUUACUGUUCUGUACAUUGUCAUGUAUUUAUCCGUUUUAUGUGGACCCCAGGAAGAGUAGCUGCUACAUGUGCAGUAGCUAAUGGGGAUCCUAAUAAACUAAACACUAGCAUUUGCAUGACAACCAGAAUGUAUGCUUGUCUUUAAAGAUGGUAUAUUUAAGCAAUAAGGCACAAGGGGGUGUGGUAUAUGGCCAAUAUACCACGGCUAAGGGCUGUUCUUAUGCAUGACACAACGCGGAAUGCCUGGACACAGCCCUUAGCCGUGGUUUAUUGGCCAUAUACCACAAACCCUCAAGGUGCCUUGUUGCUAUUAUAAACUGGUUACCAACAUAAUUAGAACAGUAAAAAUAAAUGUUUUGUCAUACGCGUGGUAUACAGUCUGAUAUACCAGGGCUUUCAGACAAUCAGCAUUCAGGGCUCGAACAACCCAGUUUAUAAUGAAGGAUUUUGUACAAAUGUGGAAAUGCUUUUUGCACAAUAUUGAUAUGUUUUUUUUUUCUUUGUGUCCUGCAGCCUGUUCCUGAAGUGAAAGUUGUCUCCAAUCUGCCUUCUAUUGCUAUGGAGGAAGUCGCUCCAGUCAGUGCUAGUAAUGCCACUCUAUUGGCUCCAGAGGAAGUCAAGGUUUGUCAUGCAUACCUCUCCAUAACAUGAACAUUUCAUGAAGGCGUUAUGGGAAAUCAUAUUCUAGUAGAGGACACUGACGCGUACAAAAGCAUUCAAGGGUUGAAGACAACCAAUGAACUACUGUGCUGUCCACCAUAGUAGCCUUUUAGUAGAUGCUUCUGAGGACAGGGUAACACCAUUUCCUUUCUGAUCUUAGGAGAAGAACAAGGCUGGCGACGUGCUGGGUGACUCUGAAAAGACCUCCACAGACAAGAAACGAGACAGACGCAAGAAGAAGAAGGUGAAGCGCAUCAAGAUCCAGGAGAAGGAGAAGAGACAGAAACUGAAGGAGGCUAACAGAACUGGAGAGAAUAAGAAACAAUCAAAGGCAGAGGUGGCAGAAAACCUCAAGAAACUCACAAAGGGAGGCAAAGCAACAUUAUUGAAGGUCAGUGUUUUCUUUCUCUCUGCAUGUCUCGUUUUUUAUAUUUAGUUAACGUUGUCUUUCAAAUACAAGCCCCUCCAUUAUAUUUCUGUGUGAGCAAUAUAGACUGAUAAGGCCAUUGUGUGCUCCACACAUUUUCAUUUGUAAGUAUUACAAUAGCUAGGAUAAAUACAUAAAUGUGUAAUUAAAUGUAUCAUUAAUUAAUUCAAAUACCGAUUCAUUUUAUGUAAAAUACAUAUAUAAUUAUUUCACUAUUUACAUUUACAUUUCAUGAUCCUGCAUUGCAGUGAUUCAUGAAUUACUUAAAACUGUCAAACUGACCCAUCAAAGUCAGUGGGCGGGGCUAACGCGAAUCUAGUCUGAUCCAUUGCUUUGGUCUGAAGUAGAGUAGGCCAACCUGGAUAGAGACAAUGGAGGAUCUCCGUGAACUUUCCAGGGAGUUGGUUAGAGACAUUUUAAACUUAGCAGAGGAUGUAGAAGCAGGACCUGCUGACAUUAUCCGGAAUUGAUUUGUCUUGGCUUGAUGCAGAGGGUAACCAAUCAGGCGUUAGGUUCCGCCUACCAACUUUUGAUGGGUCAGUUUGACAGUUUUAAGUAAUUCAGGAAGCACUCCAACGCAGGACCAUGAAAUGUAAAUGUAAAUAGUGAAAUUAUUAUAUAUGUAUUUUACAUAAAAUGAAUCGGUAUUUGAAUUAAUUAAUGACACAUUUAAUAACACAUUUAUGUAUUUAAUUCUAAUUUUAAUUAAUUAAUGACACAUUUAAGUAAUUAUUUAAUGGUGUAUUUAUUUAUUUAAUUGUGGCACUUUUAGUCCUCCAUAGGAUUCAGCUGUCUGUCACAGUUGCAAAUAGUUUCUUAAAAAUAGAUGUUGAGCUUUUUUUAUUUGUUCUCUGUUCAAGGAUGAGGGGAAGGACAAAGCUCUCCGCUCCUCCUCCGCCUUCUUCUCCCAACUACAAGACCAAGUGAAGAGCCAGAUUAAAGGAGCCAAGGACCCGGGCUCCAAGAAGAAGAAACACAAAGAACUCUCAGCCAGCAAACUCAAGUUGUAA